CGACAGAUAGAGGCGGCCGAGGACUACACUUCUGGGAUCAAGCUGUAGGUGAUACUUCUCGCUUCUUUGUUUUCUUCCUUCUUCUCCAAGCACCACACUAUGGCCACGCUCUCCAACUCGUUCUCGUCGACCUCGACCGCCACGGCCGUUAUCGUCCCAGGUCCGCCUACGCUCGAGAUCUCCUACAAACAGCUCCACGCCGAUGUCCUCAAGUUCCAGCACAAGCUCGCGAAGCUCGGCAUCACACCCGGGGCCGCCGUCUCGAUCGCCCUUCCCAACAGCUAUCCCUUUAUCGUCGCGUUUCUAGCCGCCGCAUGGCAACGAGGAAUCGCUGCUCCGCUCAAUCCAGCGUACAAGCAGAGCGAGUUCGAGUUCUACAUUGAUGAUCUGUCGUCCGCUUUGGUGCUUGUGCCGCAAGGCCAAGCUGAUGGACCUGCUGUAAAAGCCGCGAAGAGAUACAACGCCGCGGUGGCCGAGUGUUAUCUUCAUCCGCUCACGCAUGAGGUGGUUCUGGACAUCAAGGAUCAAGGGAAGCUCUCCGGUCGUGGUAAUGUUGCCGUGGAAAAGGCACAGCCAGAGGAUACUGCGCUGGUCCUGCACACAUCCGGUACGACAGGUCGUCCGAAGGCUGUUCCUCUCUCUCACCGUAACCUGACCCGAACGAUGUCGAACAUCCAAAAUACCUACCAAUUGAGCUCUGCCGACCGCACAAUGCUUGUCAUGCCACUUUUCCACGUCCACGGACUGCUAGCCGGCUUCCUAGCACCACUCUCCUCUUCUGGCUCCGUUAUCGUUCCCGGCUCUUUCAGCGCAACGACAUUCUGGAAGCAGUUUGUCGCCCACAAGGCCAACUGGUAUACUGCCGUCCCCACAAUCCAUCAGAUCCUCUUGAAGAACAGCACUCAAUGGCCGUCUCCCAUUCCCAACAUCCGCUUCAUCCGAUCCUGCAGUUCUCCACUCUCCCCCAAAGUCUUCCACGAUCUGGAGAAGAACUUCAAGGCACCUGUCCUCGAAGCCUACGCCAUGACCGAAGCCGCCCACCAAAUGACCUCGAACCCUCUCCCACCCGCCGUGCGCAAGCCCGGAUCUGUCGGUCUCGGUCAAGGAGUGGAAGUCAAAAUCCUCGAUCAGUCCGGCAAGGAGGUCGUACAGGGCUCCGAGGCGGAGAUCUGUAUUCGUGGACCGAAUGUGACAAAGGGAUACAUCAACAACGACAAAGCGAACGCAGAGUCGUUCACCGAGGGUGGCUUCUUCCGAACAGGAGAUCAAGGGAAGAAAGAUGAGGAUGGAUAUGUAAUUAUCACGGGCAGGAUCAAGGAGCUCAUCGUGUACGGAGGUGAGAAGAUCAGCCCGAUUGAAUUAGAUAACAUCCUCGCACAGCAUCCGGCCGUGGCCGAAGCUGUGGCUUUUGCCAUCCCGGAUGAAAUCUACGGCCAGGUGGUCGGCAUGGCGGUGGUGCUCAAGGAUGGACAGAAGGCUGGAGAAGAGGAGAUCAAGGAGUGGAUGCGAGAGAAGGUUGCAAAGUUCAAGGUGCCGAAGAGAGUCUUCAUCUCAGAGAAUAUGCCCAAGACAGCGACGGGCAAGAUCCAGAGAAGGAUUGUGGCAGAAACGAUGCUCAAGGCUGCUGAAGGCCCGAAGGCGAAGUUAUAG